UCAAGCUAGCUCGACCCUGAUAAGAAAAACAAAACAAAAAGAAAAGCUAAGCUAAGCUUCACUGCCAUGCCUCCAACCUCAUUCUCGUGUUCGUUCCUCACCCUGCAACCACGCUUCAAUUCCUACGUUAACCCUAUUUUCCGUUCACUCAGCUUCCAACUAUCUUCUUCACCUCUCCCGUUCAAUGCUCACUUCUCCAGCAUUAGACUCCGCUCUUCGCUUUCGCGACCGGCGGAAACUGAUUCUCCCACCGGCGGCAGGUCUGGAGCGUUAACUCCCGGUCCCUCCGUCGGCGCCGAUGUUCAGAAAAUCGACGUGAAUCCUCCCAAGGGGACGCGCGACUUCCCGCCCGAAGACAUGCGCUUGCGGAACUGGCUCUUCAACCAUUUCAAAGAGGUUUCGCGGUUGUAUGGAUUCGAAGAGGUUGAUUAUCCGGUGCUUGAGUCGGAGGCAUUGUUCACUAGGAAAGCUGGAGAAGAGAUUAAGGACCAGCUUUAUUGUUUUGAAGAUCGUGGAAAUCGCCGUGUUGCGUUGAGGCCUGAACUUACUCCUUCUUUGGCAAGGCUGGUGAUACAGAAAGGGAAGUCGGUACCCUUACCAAUUAAGUGGUUCACUGUUGGACAAUGUUGGCGGUAUGAGAGAAUGACAAGAGGCCGUCGUCGUGAGCAUUACCAGUGGAACAUGGAUAUCAUUGGUGUUCCUGGGGUUAUGGCCGAAGCAGAGCUUUUAUCUUCUAUUGUCACUUUGUUUAAGCGGAUAGGAAUUACAGAAUCAGAUGUUGGAUUUAAGGUUUCCAGUCGAAAGGUUCUACAGGAAGUAUUAAAUUGUUAUUCAGUACCAGAACAGUUAUUUGGCAAGGUCUGCGUCAUUAUUGAUAAAAUUGAGAAAAUUCCAGUUGACGAAAUAAAGAAAGAGUUGGAAGCUGUUGGUCUAUCACAAGAGGCUGUCCAGAAUCUAUUGCAAGUCCUUUCUGUGAAGUCAUUGGCAGAGUUAGAAGAGAGACUUGGGAGCAGUGGGGAAGCAAUUGCUGAUCUGAAACAGCUAUUCUCUCUUGCUGAAAAAAUUGGUUUCUCGAAAUGGGUUCAAUUUGAUGCGUCAGUUGUUCGAGGUCUUGCUUACUACACUGGUAUUGUAUUUGAGGGUUUUGACCGAGAAGGAAAGCUGCGAGCAAUUUGUGGUGGUGGUCGAUAUGAUCAUUUAUUCUCAACUUUUGGUGCUGAUGAUAUUGCUGCUUGUGGUUUUGGGUUUGGUGAUGCAGUUAUAGUGGAAUUGCUCAAAGAGAAGGGUCUGUUACCGGAGCUUAACUUGCACGUAGAUGACAUCGUGUGCGCAUUGGAUGAAGAUCUUCAAGGAUGUGCUGCAAUGGUUGCUAAUAUUCUCCGAGAAAAAGGGCAUAGUGUUGAGUUGGUUUUGGAAAACAAACCACUAAAAUGGGUUUUUAAACGAGCAAGCCGAGUAAAUGCGGAGCGGCUUGUAUUAGUGGGGAAUUCAGAAUGGCAAAGAGGCGUGGUUGGUGUCAAAAUUCUCUCUACUGCUGAACAGUACGAGGUUAAACUUGAUGAUCUCAAGUAAAUCAGAUUUUUUUUUAAUUUUUUGGUUUAUGUAUUUUUUCUUUAUUAUUGGUAUUAAUUUACCUUUAUUUAUUUACAUAGUCCUUGAAAACUUGUUUUGAAUGUGUGCGUGCUUACUCACCAUGCAUGUGAUUGAUUAAUGAAACACAAAAUUAUGAUAUUUUACUCUGAUAAAUCAGAUAUUAUUUCUAUUUUA